AUGGCACCGAUUGCAGUCGGCGAUACGAUCCCGGAGGGCACUCUUGCGUGGUUUGAUGAGGAGGACGAGCUCAAGCAGCUCGCCAUCCACUCCCUUGCCGCCGGCAAGAAGAUCGUGCUCUUUGGUGUCCCCGGCGCGUUCACCCCAACCUGCAGGUAAUCGACCUCCCCCCAAACCCCCUCCAGCAGCGGCGGGAUUUGGUUUCCCUGAUCUCGACUCUGCUGCUAAGUUAUUGAUCCCGCAUAUCGUCGGUGCGGAGGGACCAAAUGUAACUUCUCUGUGAGGAAACUAACCUGUGGAUCUCCAUGGGCAGCAUGAAGCAUGUGCCUGGGUUCAUCGAGAGUGCUGAUGAGCUGAAGUCCAAGGGAGUGGAUGAGAUCCUGUGCAUUAGCGGUACACUUUUGUAGUUUUUCUCAUGUUUUUUUUUUUAAUUUAGUUUGUGCCUGUCUCAUUAGAUCCAAGUUGUCCCAAUUUUAUGAUAGGUUAUGGAUCGGUCGAGCUAGUUCCAUGUGAAUCAACCUGUUACUCCCUCCUUCAUGCGUAACAUGGCUCAGUAGGUCUGAUCAGACAUUCCUUUGCGUGUUAGUAGUUAUUACGCUGUAGUACUUGAAAGGAAUUCAGGGAGAAAAGAAAUAUUAAAGCGUUUUAGGGAUCGGGUAGUAGGCUAGUGAGGAGUCGACUUCAUCAGACACUCUACCUGAGAACCACCUCGAGUCUUUCCGUGCUCUGGGAAUUUCCUUUUCUUCCUGUUCUGGGAAAUGGUUUUUGGACGUCAUAUGGAAGAACCGGAACCAAGUUAGGUACGUUCUCUGGUUCUCAAGAUUCCAUCCAUCGCUUUUGUUUGGUAAAUCCUUAAGAACAUGGUGUUGCCCCGGCAGUGCAGUCGGGUAGACGAAAGAAACCAAAAGGUUUCUAUAGUUGGAGAUAGUUGGGAAGAAAAACGGUGAUUCGUGAUCACAGUUGAUCCACAUAGGAAGAAAAGACUGUAUCCAUAUGUCAAAACAGCCUAGAAAAGCUGAAACAAUGGUUAAAAGAAUAUACCUAGAUCCUGAGUUUUUUAUUUGUUCUACUCUCUUCCACAUCAUUGUCUUGUUAUCUUACUUAAUCCUUUCAUAAUUCGGGAUUAUGAUCAAAGAAGUCUUCUACGUUGGUCCUUUAAUCUGAUCUCAAUGGUGAGCAGCCCACCUAGCAUCGUCCGUUAUUAUCCUAAGGUUUUUAGGCAUUAUUCAAUCUCAAGAUGUGGCAUCCCAUGGCUUGAAUCUUUUCUGGAACGCAUCAUUGGAAUCCGCUGUAAAGAUGAAAGCGGGCACCUGAGACGUUGACCUUCCUCCCAGUCUAGAGAGGGUGAGAACCCCAUUACCCUUGUCAACUUACAGCAAUAAGUAGCUCUUGCAUCCGUUGUUGUGUACCAAUUCGAUGAAACACUCUCUGGUUAGUUGCCGAAGAACAUUCAUUCAACCAAACUUGCUAUCGUCUAGUAUUGCCUCAUCCACAGACACUGUACUCAUCGAACAUUUCCCCACGUAUUUUUGCCCAGAUUGCUAUUUGCGCCUGUUCUUCCCCAGGUUAAUAUUUUUCAAUCCUACUCCCCUCCAUUUUAAGACAUCAACACAGCUAACCUGCAACCCUUCUGUUUCUACCAUGAGGUGCUCUCAACUGGGCUCCUAGCUUCCAGCACAGAGACCCCACCAAAGCCUUGUCAACGCUUGCUAUGUCGGAUUAUUUUUUUAUAAUAAUUUACAAAAUAUGCCUGUUUAAUAACAUUUGCAAAUAAAGUGGGUUGUUCGUGUAAAUUAAGAUGCAUACUGAUCUCCAUCAAUCUUCUUACGAUCAUUUUAUUUUGAUUGAAGUCAACGACCCCUUCGUGAUGAAGGCUUGGGCUAAGAGCUACCCAGAGAACAAGGUGGUGAAGUUCCUAGCUGACGGCUCGGGCACCUACACCCACGCCCUCGGCCUGGAGCUGGACCUAUCGGACAAGGGGCUCGGGACCCGGUCCAGGAGGUUCGCCCUCCUGGUGGACGACCUCAAGGUCAAAGUUGCCAACGUGGAAGAGGGCGGCCAGUUCACCGUCUCCGGAGCCGAAGAGAUCCUCAAGGCCCUCUGA